CACUCUGUCCUCUAGUAACCAAACAAUAUAGUUCACAGUCCAUCGUCAGUACUGUACUUACUGUUACAUUUGUUUGGAAACAAUUCGUGUUCUCUCAUAUUGCUGCAAACAAUUUGGGUAACCGACUACUGUGGGCUGGAAUGAAACAAACCACCAAGAUGAAAGUACCGGAUGAAGACCCCCAACACCCUCUUUUGUUAUCAGACAGCAUAGCUGUUAACAAGGGUUCCAGAUGGAUUUUCAAAUUAAUACUUCCAUUUCUUGUCACGUGUUUAGCUGUGGGACUGGCACUGUAUCUGACACUUGUUUUCUUGAAGCCCAUUGCCGAUUCUUACCGAGAAACAAAUCAUACCUGUCCUGACCCAUGUGUGUUCACAUUGGUUGAAAGUAUCCCUGAGAAUUUGACAUAUCCAAAGACUUCAACAAUGCAUAUAUCCACUUUCCAUGCAUUAAGAAAUGUACUUCUUGGAGCUAACAAAACGGUUGACAUUGCUUCAUUCUACUGGUCAUUGCGAGGUGCUGAUACAACUUUCCAUGAUAGCAGUGAUUGGCAAGGUGAGCAAUUGUUUCAAGAUCUACUAAACAUAGGAAAAGCUGGAAAGGUGAAAAUUAGAAUUGUUCAAAAUCUACCUACCAGGGAACAGCCCAGUAAAGAUACUAAAAUUCUAUCAGAAAAAGCUGGUGUUGAAGUUAGAAGUAUGGAUUUUAAAAGGCUUAUAGGAAAUGGUAUUCUCCAUACAAAGAUGUGGCUAAUAGACAGAAAACACUUUUAUGUUGGCAGUGCUAACAUGGACUGGAGAUCUCUCACACAGGUGAAAGAACUUGGUGUUCUAGUUCAAAAUUGUAGUUGUUUAGCCAAAGACAUGUACAAAAUAUUUGAAGUCUAUUGGUUUCUUGGCAAAAAGACGGCAGUUGUUCCUUCAGCUUGGCCUAAAUGGUUGUCCACAAGUAUUAAUGCCAACACAUCUGAGAAAGUGGUCUUCAACCAUACUAAUGGACUUGUGUAUUUAUCUAGCUCACCACCACAGUUUUGUCCAGAUGGUCGUACUAUUGAUAUUGAUGCCAUUGUGGAUGUGAUCCAGAGUGCUAAAGAAUUUGUGUACAUUGCUGUUAUGGAUUAUUUUCCAUCAACUUUAUACACAUCACAUUUGAAGUUCUGGCCAGUCAUUGAUGAUGCAUUACGGAGAGCGGCUUUUGAUCGAGGUAUCCGUGUGUAUCUUCUGACAAGCUACUGGAGUCACACAGAGAAAAACAUGCCCGUCUUCUUAAAAUCUUUCGAUGAUCUUGGCAAAAUGGAUUAUCCAAAGAUGGACGUAAAAGUGAAAAUGUUUGUGGUUCCAUCGUUCACACCUGAACAAGCCAAGAUUCCCUAUGCACGAGUCAAUCAUAACAAGUAUAUGGUAACAGACCAGCAUGCUUACAUAGGGACAUCGAACUGGUCUGGUGAUUACUUUAUGUAUACUGGAGGUAUAGGAUUCAUUGUGAAGCAGAGAAAGCAGAUUAAUUCUACAGCCGGUGCCGACUUCAGACAGCAGUUGGAAAAUGUGUUUUUACGGGACUGGAAUUCUGAAUAUUCUCACCCUCUCAACAAUUAUACCUCUUUUGCCAAUCUGUAAAAACAAAAGUAAAUUAAUUCAUAAAUGGAUUUUAGUACGAUACGAACAAAAUAUGUUUCUUUCUUACAUAACCUGACCUCUGAAGCUACAGCACUUCCCCCGUGUUCCAUGGACUAGCCAAACAUCCUAGGCUAAAAUAUUCUAUAGAGUCCUCUUCAUCCUGUUAUCUGACUGCAUUAAGAUAAUAUAAACAAGCACAGGGUUCGUACGGGUUAUGGAAAUCCUGGAAAGUCAUGGAAUUUGUAAAUGUAAUUUUCCAGGCCUGGAAAGUCAUGGAAUUUUGAUAUUGGUCAUGGAAAGUCAUGGAAAAUGAAAAUCUAUCUAAAUCCUUUUUUUUUUUUUUUGCUACUUAAAAUUUAAAUGUAAUGCAAUAAAAACAAAUUUGCUAAUCCCCCUCAAAACACUGGGUGUCGAUAGACCCACACCUGUUUGCUCCAUGUUACACUAAACACUGUUGGAACAAAAGGCCAAUCAGGAACAAGUGACUUGCUCAAAUCGGUGACACGUUUCCAGUGGAACAAUAUCAGAGUUACUGUUAAAACAUCUAAAAUCCGUGUUUUCUAUCAACAGGCAACAUGCGAACGUUUUUGCAGCAAUUAAUGUUUCUGUCUAAAUCCGUUCAUGUAUCAUUGUUUUGACAUGAUAGGUGCUAAACAAGAAAAGAGUUACACGAUUCCAUAAAAUAUUAAUCAACCAGCUUAUUACACUGCAACAUGAGCGUGGACUGUUACUUUAUGUUGUGCAUGUGCUGAUGUGACUAUGUGAAAUGGAGUAUUUAGUUUUCUUGUCUUACAAAAAGUGUUAAAAAUUACAGUGAAGCUU